UUUGUGUAUAUGCACAUGCAGAAGAUAAAAGUUGUUUGUAGAUGUGGCAAAACGCACAGCGCAUUACCCAAACUUUCAUCAAUUCUCUCCCAAAUGGGAAAUGAAAAAUCUUUGCCUGCACCAUUCAUAUUCAUAGCCUUCCUAGUUUUGAUGUUAUUCCAUCAAGCUAGCUUUGCAAAGCAAAGCCAUCACUGUCCUCCUUCUUACUGCGGAAAUAUCACAAACAUAAGCCACCCUUUUCGACUCAGAACCGAUCCACCAAACUGCGGGGACAAAAGGUACAAUCUUUCUUGCGAGAACAAUCUUACUGUAUUGUACUUGUAUUCAGGAAAAUACUAUGUUCAAGCAAUCAAUUACAACAACUACACCAUUCGAGUAGUGGAUUCAUAUAUUGAAAAGGGUAAUUGCUCCUCUCUGCCUCGUUACUCUUUGACCUCUUAUAACUUCAGUUAUUAUUCAGAUCCAUAUUCACUUCGUAGCAAAGUAAGAAAAAGUAAGAAAGAUCCACACUGUUGCUCUAUCACUUUCGGAGACUCUAACUUUCUUGAAGUGCCAAAAUCCAGUGAAAUCUACUCUUUAUGUACCCACUGUUCCAUGCAUUAACAAUACUAGUAGUAGUACAACAAAUGCUAGUGCUGGUAUGAAUAUGAUCCAAUCGAAAUGGAAAUAUUCUUAUGUUAAGUUUGGAAAGAUGAAUGUUUCAGAAUUAAUGGAUCUUUGUCAGAUAGAGCUGAUGUUUAUGAUAAGUAGUAGUUCAUGGCAACGAAAGGAAAACAGCAAUGUUAUCUCCUCCUACUCAGAACUUUACAGUGAACUUGUACAUGGGUUUGAGCUUUCAUGGCUCCAAAGUUAUGCUUCACGAUCAAUUGAUAUGGGAACUUGCGACAUACUCAAGGACUCCAACAAGGUCCAUUGUGCAUCUUGUGGUGAUUGGUGGGGACUCAUAAAUGGACAUUGCGGUUCUUGGGUUACGAUUCUAUUUUAUGUUGAAUAUUCAGUAGAAUUAUGCGCCCAGUACACCGUAUUGGCAGUAUGUGCGUGGACAAUAUUAAAAUUCAUAUUCGGAACUCCAUGUGUGGCCGCUUUUGUUAUCUACAAAUGGCGAAAGCGACAUCAAUCAAUGUAUGACGUCAUUGAAGAAUUCCUAGAAACUCACAAUAAUCUCAUGCCUAUAAGGUACUCAUACUCAGAAAUUAAAAAGAUGACAAACGGUUUCAAAGACAAAUUAGGUGAAGGAGGUUUUGGUUCUGUAUAUAAAGGAAAGCUUCGCAGUGGAAAUCUUGUAGCAAUCAAAAUGCUAGGUAAAUCUAAGGCUAAUGGCCAAGAUUUUAUUAACGAAGUUGCCACAAUUGGGAGGAUCCAUCAUGUUAAUGUGGUGCAAUUGGUUGGUUUCUGUGUUGAGGGACCAAAACGUGCUCUUAUAUAUGAUUUCAUGUCUAAUGGGUCCCUAGAUAAAUACAUUUUUUCACAAGGAGAAAACUCCUUAGAUUGCAAGAAAAUGUAUGAAAUUUCACUUGGUAUAGCUUGUGGUAUUGAAUAUCUUCAUCAAGGAUGCAACAUGCAAAUUCUGCAUUUUGAUAUUAAGCCACACAAUAUUCUUUUGGAUGAGAAUUUUGUCCCAAAAGUUUCUGACUUUGGACUUGCAAGAUUAUGCCCAUUAGACAACAGCGUUGUGUCUCUAACUGCAGCACGAGGUACCAUAGGAUACAUAGCUCCAGAGUUAUUUUACAAAAACAUUGGAAGAAUUUCGUACAAAGCUGAUGUUUAUAGUUUUGGAAUGUUGUUAAUGGAAAUGGCAAGUAGAAGGAAGAAUUCGAGCUCAGGUGCAGAGCAUACAAGUCAAGUCUACUUUCCUUCUUGGGUCUAUGACCAAUUGGACGAAGGAAAGGACUUAGAAAUGGAAGAUGCAACAGAUGAUGAAUUAAAAAUAAGAAAGAAGAUGAUUCUAGUAGCAUUAUGGUGCAUACAAAUGAAGCCAAGUGAUCGACCUUCCAUGAACAAAGUUAGAGAAAUGCUUGAAGGAGAAAUUGAAUGCCUAAAAAUGCCUCAAAGGCCAUUUCUUUGUGCAGAAAAGAAGUCUGCAGAGGAUUCUAAGGAGAAUUCAAACUCAAAAUACUCAUCCACAACAUCAGAUUAUGAAUCUGAAGAGGACAGUCUGCUUUUGAAUGCAAAUUAAAACAUUUAUAAUAAUAGUUAGUUUGUGAAUGUAAAAGGGAAGCAUACGUUCCCCAAAUUUAAUCAAUUAGUGAAACUAGUCUUGCAUCUUUUGUAUUGACCAAGGUAAAUGUACUAUCUUUUUAUCUCUGUAAAAACUGAUAAUGAUAAAAGUUUGGUUUGUAGAA